AGAUAUCUUUCUUCGUACCUUAUACAUAGCGGGAGCUUUAUCGCAUCUUUGUCUUCUUUCUCCAACAAACCAAAUCUUUAAAAAAAAUCCCUUUUUUUCACUUUCCACUGAUCAGUGCCACUUGUUUUUCUUUGCUAAAAUCACAGAGCCCAUUGAAACCUCUCACCAUUCAUUAUCUGCAGAAUAAAUAAAUGCAGCUUCUUCUGUCAAAAGCUUCCCUUUCUUUCAAUCCAAGAAUUAUUUUUUCUUCUUCAACAACAAUGGCUACAUCUACUUCAAUUUCUGUUUCUUCAAAACCCCGUUUAAAGGGUAUUGUAUUUGACAUGGACGGAACCCUAACGGUCCCUGUUAUUGAUUUUCAGGCCAUGUACAGGGCUGUUCUGGGUCAUGAUGAAUACCUUGCUGUUAAAUCUAAGAACCCUUCUGGGAUUGAUAUUUUGCACCACAUUGAAAGUUGGAGCCCGGAUAAGCAACGCAGGGCAUAUGAGGUUAUUGCUGAUUAUGAAAAACAGGGUCUUGAUCGACUCCAGAUUAUGCCUGGUGCUGCUGAACUUUGUAGUUUUCUUGAUUCUAGGAAUAUUAGAAGGGGAUUAAUCACUAGAAAUGUCAAAGAUGCAGUUGACUUGUUUCACGAACGUUUUGGAGUGAAAUUUUCUCCUGCACUGAGCAGAGAAUAUCGUCCAUACAAACCAGAUCCAGCUCCAUUGCUGCACAUUUGUUCAACUUGGGAAGUUCAAUCUAAUGAAGUAAUGAUGAUUGGCGACAGCCUUAAAGAUGAUGUUGCUUGUGGCAAACGAGCUGGAGCUUUUACUUGCUUGCUCGACGAAACAGGAAGGUAUGAUGCCCCAGAAUAUGCAAACGUUCAACACAAACCAGACUAUAAGGUGUCUUCUCUUGUUGAGGUUCAGUCACUACUAGAAAGAGAUUUCGAGCUGACAUCUUGAUUUUUGCAAUCUUUCGAACCCCUCCUGGCCUGGCUGAGCAACGAGACAUGGUUUACCCUCGUAAGCCUCCACGUAGCAUUCCUGCAUGCACGUUUCUUUUGGUUUAUGUAAGAUCAUAGGAAUUAGACUGCAGCUUUGCUCAAGUGAGAUGGUCAUAAUUCAUUUUUCAAGCCAAAAAUGGGAAAUAUGAGUUAUUUUUGUUCACUCUUGGUGGUGAAACUGGUGUUUUGCAGAGACUUUUAUCGAUUUAGCCUGGUUCGUUGUGGGUGACAUAGCCACGAGACCAUAACUGUGUUUUCGUAUGAAGUGUUCUUGUCAUCUCUUUGCUCGUAAUGGAAGCUCUAGCUCAGCUCUUCCACGCGAAUAGUAGCUAAGAUUUCUUAGAAAUAAUUGUACUUGUUAGUGCAAUGAUUUUCACAAGCUAGUCUCAGUUUUUGUUCUCUUUUUUUUGGUAUCCCGAGACAACUCACAACCUCUGUCACAUCCUCUGUCCUCUGUCGUGUGGAUUAAUUAUAAGUUACAAAUGCAACUUUUUUAUUUUUCAUUU